CGACGAGCUCCAGAGAAUUGCUAUUGCGCGCGCUCCGAACUGCUUGACCAGGUCGCAGCCAAAGCCCCAGCUGCUAGCCUCGGCUUUUGGAAGAAUUGCAUCGCAGCCAAGCUCCCGCGCCGUCAGCGCAUUGUUUCCGUAGCUUCCGCGGCUGCUCUCCAAGCUCCACUACGGCAGCCCGAAACCAUCGCUCCUCCACUACUCAGCUAUCCCAGCACAUCUCCGACAUGUCACAGAAUUACCAGCAAUACGGCGGAAACCCCUACGGUCAGGCCGAGGAGGGAUACGGCGCGCAGUCCAACCCGUACGGUGGUGGCGGCGCCGGCUAUGGCUCGUCCAAUCCGUAUGGCGGAGGUUAUGACGAGCAGCAGCAGCAGCAGCCGCAGCCGCAGCCGCACCUCAAUCCCCCGGCGCCGCUCCAGCGCCAUGGCGAGUCCAACUAUUCGCAGCCGUCGCAAUACUCGCAAGGUGGCGCCUUGAGCACUACCAACUCGCAUGCGCAAAAUGUCCCUCACACCGAUGUGCCCAUGAACAGCUUGCCGGCACAGGACAACGCGAACCCAGGCCUGGAGGCGCCCGGGCCCAAGCCUCUUAGCCGAGAGGACUUCUUCGCGCGCAUUGAGGGCACCAAGCAGCGCAUCGGCCAGCUGACGGCGGAUAUCCAGGCCAUUGCCAACGUUCACCAGCGCAUGCUCUCGUCGCCCGACAACCGCUCCAGCGCCGAACUCGAGAGCAUCGUCACCAACACGCAGAUCAGGAACACGCAAAUCAAGGACGAGAUCAAGUUUCUGGAAAGAGAUGCCGCGCGUGACCCCAAUGACAGGACAAAGAGGUCUCAGGUUGAGGCGCUCAAGCGGACGUUCAAGAGCCAGCUCGAAGACUUCCAGCGCGAGGAGGCCGACUACUCCAAGAGGUACCGUGAGGCGAUUGGGCGGCAGUACCGCAUCAUCAACCCGGAUGCUACGGAUGCCGAGGUUGAAGAAGUCGCAAAUGCAGACCUGGGCGAUGAGGGUAUUUUCACGCAAGCCCUCAAGUCGAACCGCAGCGGCCAAGCAGCCAGCGUUCUCGGCGCCGUGCGCGCACGUCACAACGACAUUCAGCGCAUUGAAAAGACAAUGAGCGAGCUUGCUCUGCUCUUCACGCAGCUCAAUGAGCAAGUCAUGUACCAGGAACCGCAAAUACAGCAAACGGAGCAGCAGACUGUCCAGGUCCGAGACGACACGGAGAAUGCCAACAAGCAGCUGGACGAGGGCAUCAAGUCGGCGAGGCGCGCAAGAAAACUGAAAUGGUGGAUCUUGCUGACGGUCGUGGCCAUUCUCUGCGUCAUCGCCCUGGUACUGGGACUGUACUUUGGGCUGAAGAACAACUAGGUCGUGGGCGGUGGAGUAAUGAUGUGUAUGGCUGGCUACCAUGUAAUGGCUGUGAUGCAGGGCGGGUAUGAUGCGAACACGGAUAUGUAUAUGGGAAAAGGUAAUGUCUCGUCAUGUGUUGAAGUGUUUUUUCUUCUUCUUCUUCUUCUUCUUCUUCUUCUUCUUCUUCUUCUUAGCAGGAGUAGUAAUCCGGGGUUGCUCACGUGGCAGCAACCAAUGUGUAUAUGGGACGUGGGCAGAAGGAUGCAGACUAGCGUUGAAAUCUUGGCAGAAUGCAGUAGCUCGUAAACAAGCCUUUUAGCCCAGGUUGGGGGCGAUCCAGGAUGUCGUAAUGCGCUCGCUAGCAGGGCCUGGACUGGCCAUGUACAUGUAAGUACGAGGCGCUGUCGAUAGACCAACACGUCGUGUGCAGCUACAGUAGGGUAGCAGUAGCCAGAUGCAAGCCUCAAA